AGUCGAUUCGGUUCCCUGUAAUUUCCUGUAAGUUCUUCCCUUUUUAAUAUAUUGGAGUGGCAUGUUACCACUACAGAUACUACCUCAGCCUUGCCAGAGGGAGAAGAAGAUCACAUUCAGACUCAAGACACAGGCGUGCGAGGCAAACGCAAACGGCACGUCAACAGCCGCGUCCGAGGGCCAGAGUGGGUCUAGAUGUGUGGCGUACCAUACGUGUACGUGUGUAUACCGUACACGUAUGAGGCAGUAUUACGUAUUCUGAAUUGGGUGAGUUGUAUUUGAACCAGCCUGGACAGUGAGAAGGGUAUCGAAGAAGAAAAACCUAAACUAAAUUCCUCACCUUCUCUCUCUCGUGUUCCUCUCCUUCCUCUGUCUCUCCCCUUCCUCCAGUAUCCCCUAACAAUUGGUAUCAAAUUCCGUCGUUCCUCGGCUUCUAUCCAUGGCUCACUCUCCUUCGACUACUACCCCAGAUGCUGCACUCACGCUUGCGUUGGAGCAUCAGACCCGGGCGCUGCUUACCGAACUGGAUAAGCGGUUCCAGUCCUUCGACACCAAGUGGGAAUCUCGGGUCGGCGCCUUGGAAUCCCAGGCGAUCGAUUCCGAUCGACGCAUCGUGACUCUCCGCGCCGACAUCGAAGCUCAUCUGACGGAAUCCGAUGUCAACACGGAUUCCCGUCUCCGUCAGAUCGAAGAGGAUGCGGGUGCCCGCGUCGCGUGCUUGGAAUCUGCCGUCCAGGUGUUCGAUUCCUGGCGCCCCCGAGUGGAUUCCUCCAUCGCGCAUCUGCAAGCAUCGCUGGAGCAUGUUCACACGUCCCUCGCUGCCAUGGACCAACCUGGCGGCUUCGGCACGCGCGGCAUUCUCGGUGCUUAUGGAUCGGCACCAGCCAGACCACCUGGAUCUGCUGGUCAUGCUGAUGGCCCCAACUUUGGGCACCGCUUCGACAACCCUCUCUGGGAUAGUGGAUAUCGGUAUCCACCUACCGAUUUCCACUACCCGGUCACGGGUACGUGGAAUCACCACACUCCUACUCCAUUUUCGUUUGCUCACACUGGGAAUUAUCAUGGGGAGGAUAUGGAUACACGCCGUGCCUUGCAUCACCAUAUUAGUGGUCUGCCCAAAAUCAAUUUCCCUGUGUUUGAUGGAACUUGUCCCAAGUUAUGGCAGAAGAAAUGUGAAAACUAUUUUGAGAUGUAUGCCACAGAGGAAGUUGCCUGGGUUAAGGUCGCAACCAUGCAUUUCAAUGGGGUGGCAAAUCGUUGGCUGCAGUCUAUAGAACCACGUUUAGCAUCCUUUUCAUGGCAUCAAUUUUGUCAAGCAGUGCAUGACCGCUUUGGUAGAGAGCAGCAUGAAUUAGUUAUUCGUAAACUGUUUCACAUUCGCCAAACUUCCUCAGUUCAGGAUUAUGUUGAUAGGUUUUGUGAACUGAUUGAUUUGCUAGUUACAUAUGAGCACACCACAGACCCCCUGUAUUAUACUAUGAGAUUCAUAGAUGGACUUCGUGAUGGCAUUAAAGCUGUUAUUCUUGUACAACGUCCUCGCGAUCUGGAUACUGCUUGUGCUCUGGCCUUAUUGCAGGAAGAGGCGGAGUCAUCGCGUCGGCGUGAUCACCCACGCUUGGAGGGUUCUCAUUCUUUCCGGUCAUUCAUGAAGCACCCAUCAGCCACCACUUUUCCUGACAAAAAUUCUCCGGGGAUUGGAGCAGAUCAAGCUAAAGUUUCUACUCCUUCAUCGUCUUCAGCAGAGAGUAAAGUCGCCUCUCUUCGUGCAUAUCGCCGCGCACGCGGCCUCUGUCAGUUUUGUGCUGAGAAGUGGGUUAAAGGGCACAAAUGUUCUGCUACUGUCCAGUUGCACGUAAUGCAAGAAUUGUGGGAUAUGGUAUUACCUGACAAGGAUGAGUCUGAUGGGGAGUUUCAAGAUUCAGCUGAGCAAUUCCUCAUGGCAAUAUCUAAGGAGGCCACAGUUGUUCCUGCCAAUUCUAAAGCUUUUCGGCUUCGUGGCAGUAUACAAGGUGUUGACAUGCUAAUUCUAUUGGACUGUGGAAGUACUCACUGUUUUCUGGAUAAUUCUUAUAGUACUAAGCUAUCAGGAGUUGUUGCUAUGGAACAAGCAUUAACAGUCAAGGUGGCCAAUGGCGAGCUGCUCUAUUGUAACACUCAACUUCCUGAUGCAUCGUGGACCAUGCACGGACUUACAUUUACCUCUACAUUCAAGCUGGUGCCACUUCCCUUCUAUGAUAUGAUCUUGGGCAUGGACUGGUUAGAGCAAUUCAGCCCCAUGUUUGUUGAUUGGAAACAUAAAUGACUGACAAUUCAGUACGGGGACAGACCUAUUGUGCUGCAAGGUGUGCCUCCAUCACUGCCUUCUGGAUCUAUUGUCCAAGUCUACCCGGUGUUAGAACAUCAGUCUAAUAUGCCUCAGUUGUGCUCAUUGGAAGAAUUAUCCCUACCAGCACCAGUCCUACAACUGUUGCAGCAAUAUGCUUCCGUCUUUGAUCCACCUACAUCCUUACCACCAAGCAGAUUCUGUGAUCACUCUAUUCCAUUGGUGGAUGGUGCUCGACCGGUAAACAUCAGACCUUAUCGGUUGUCCCCUGCAAUGAAAGAUGAGGUCGAAGCCCAAAUUUCAGAAAUGUUGAAUACUGGCCUAAUUCAGCAUAGCACUAGUUCAUUUUCUUCCCCAGUGCUUUUAGUUAAAAAGAAAGAUGCUUCUUGGCGAUUUUGUAUUGAUUACCGACAUCUUAAUGCUCUCACGGUCAAGGCUAAAUAUCCGGUGCCCAUCAUUGAUGAAUUGCUAGAUGAACAUUUUGGUGCUGCUUGGUUCACUAUUUUGGAUCUUCGCGCUGGAUUCCAUCAGAUCUUGAUGAAAGAGGGUGAUGAAUAUAAAACAGCUUUCCAAACUCAUGUGGGUCACUUUGAAUUUCGAGUGAUGCCCUUCGGAUUGACUGGAGCACCUGGCACCUUUCAGUGCGCAAUGAACAAUACCUUGGCUCCCCUUCUACGCAAGUGUGCAUUAGUUUUCUUCGAUGACAUUUUGGUUUACAGUCCUACCAUGGAAGACCACUUGAACCACCUGCACCAAGUAUUCCAACUUCUGGACCGUGAACAGUGGAAGGUAAAACUCUCUAAGUGCUCGUUUGCUCAACGCAAGGUAGCUUAUUUGGGUCAUGUGGUCAGUGCUGAGGGGGUAGCCACAGAUCCACUGAAAAUCAACGCUAUAACGCAGUGGCCUGUGCCCAAUUCGGUCAAAGAAUUGCGCAGUUUUCUUGGGCUUGCCGGUUAUUAUAGGAAGUUUAUCAAACACUUUGGGGUCAUUUGCCAACCUUUGACAGCUUUGCUUAAAAAAGGGGUAUUAUUUGUUUGGACCGAUGCACAUACCACGACUUUUCAAACACUGAAACAAGCCCUUGCUGCUGCUCCUGUCCUCGCAUUACCAGAUUUUUCAACUUCCUUUGUGGUGGAAACUGAUGCUAGUGAUUCUGGCAUUGGCGCUGUGUUAAUGCAAAAAGGACACCCCUUAGCAUUUCUCAGCAAGUCAUUGGGCCCCAAGUCGCGUGGUUUAUCCACUUAUGAAAAAGAGUACAUGGCACUCAUUGUAGCGGUUCAACAUUGGAGAGCUUAUCUUCAACACGCUGAAUUCAUUAUUGUCACUGAUCACAAAAGUCUCUCCCAACUUAACGAACAACGCCUUCAUACACCCUGGCAGCAUAAGGUCUUUACGAAACUCUUGGGGCUACAAUAUAAAAUCCAUUACAGAUCCGGUUCUGAAAAUCGAGUGGCUGAUGCACUAUCCAGAUGUGCUCAAUCUUCUAUCCAGGCUAUAUCAGUUGUGGUUCCCCAAUGGUUGCAGGAUGUGCAAUCCAGCUAUGCCAGUGAUUCUGCAACACAGUCUAUGCUCACUAAGCUGUCUGUGGACCCUAAUGCAGUCCCUCAUUUUGUUUUGGACAAUGGACUCUUGCGUUACAAAGGACGUGUGUGGAUUGGUGAUGAUGCACAGCUUCAUACUCGUAUUGUAACUGCUCUUCACUGUUCGGCGGUGGGUGGACAUUCAGGUAUCCCGGUUACUUACAGCCGCAUCAAACAACUGUUCGCUUGGAAAAAUAUGAAACAAUUCAUUCAUACUUUCAUUCAGCAGUGCCAAAUCUGUCUUCAGGCUAAACCGGACCGAACAGCAUACCCUGGAAAAUUACAACCAUUACCAGUUCCAGAAGUAGCUUGGGAUACUAUCUCAUUAGACUUUAUUGAAGGCUUGCCGAGGUCUAGUACUGCUGAUUGUAUUCUCGUUGUUGUGGACAAAUUCACAAAGUAUGGCCACUUUAUUCCUUUGUCCCACCCCUAUACAGCACUGACGGUGGCUCAAUGCUUCAUGACUGAGGUAUAUCGCUUACAUGGACUUCCAUCAGCAAUCAUUUCAGAUCGUGAUCCAAUCUUUACAAGCCAGUUUUGGCGUCAUCUGUUCCGACUGACUGGCACUGAUCUGAAGCUCAGCUCUUCCUACCACCCUCAAACGGACGGCCAGACAGAACGCGUUAACCAAUGCCUUGAGACAUAUCUGCGCUGUUUCGUGAAUGCUUGCCCAAAGAAGUGGAAGUCUUGGUUGCCUACUGCAGAGUUUUGGUAUAAUACCAGUCAUCAUUCAGCACUCAAUUGUUCACCCUUUGAGGUUCUUUAUGGUCGUCGACCACGCUCACUUGGCUUGACAGUUGAUGCCACAACACCAUCUGAUUUAUCUGAUUGGUUGCAUGAGCGCCAUACUAUGCAGAACCUGGUCCGUCAGCACCUGCUUCGUGCCCAAGAUCGCAUGAAACGUCAAGCUGAUAAGAAAAGAUUCUUCAAUCACGUGGCAUUACUAAAGGUAAUAGAUUGGUGCAAUAGGUUUUGGUGGAGUGGUCCGGUUUACCUCGUGAUCUGGCAACUUGGGAAGACCGCGAAGCCUUGCGCCAAUGUUUUCCAAUGGCACCCGCUUGGGGUCAAGCGAAUUUUCAAGGGGAGGGGAAUGUUACCACUACAGAUACUACCUCAGCCUUGCCAGAGGGAGAAGAAGAUCACAUUCAGACUCAAGACACAGGCGUGCGAGGCAAACGCAAACGGCACGUCAACAGCCGCGUCCGAGGGCCAGAGUGGGUCUAGAUGUGUGGCGUACCAUACGUGUACGUGUGUAUACCGUACACGUAUGAGGCAGUAUUACGUAUUCUGAAUUGGGUGAGUUGUAUUUGAACCAGCCUGGACAGUGAGAAGGAUAUCGAAGA